AUGGUCUCUUUCUACGGCAAGGCCUGCGACCUCCUGCGGUGCCCGCUCGACUGCUCCGGGCGCGGCCGGUGCGAGGAGGGCCGGUGCAGCUGCGCGCCAGGCUUCCAGGGCGAGGGUUGCGAGGCGGUCGUGGUGCCGGCCCCGAUUUGGCCCACAACCCUGCACCUCCCGCUGGCGACGAGUCUCCCCACGGCGGAGUCCGUCGCUGCAGAGGCCGCGUGCCCCGGCGGCUGCGGCGACCACGGGCGCUGCGAGGGCGGCGCGUGCACCUGCUGCGACGGCUACUCUGGCGCCUCGUGCCAGGACUUCUGCCCGAGCGCCUGCUCCGGCCGGGGCGCCUGCACCGCGGGCAGGUGCUUGUGCCUGACCGGCUACAGCGGGGACGACUGCUCGGCGGCGAGUUGCUGCAGCGGCCACGGGGACUGCCCCCUGCCCGGCGAGUGCGUGUGCCACCCGGGCUGGGCGGGCGCCGACUGUUCAGAGCAGCAGGCCGCCCUGCCCGCGCCGGCCCCCGCCCUGGCGCCCGCGCCGGCCCCCGCUCUGGCGCCCGCGCCCGCACAGCAGGCGGCGCCACUUCCCGCGCUCGCCGUGGCACUGGGAGCGCGCCGCCUCCGCCGCGCCGCCCAGCCCGCGACGCUGGCGGCGGCGGCCGCCGCCGCGGAAGAACGCGCGCAGCUGCACUGUGCGGACUGGGACGAGGAGCUCGGCCUGCCGGACUGCAGCGGUCGCGGCCAGUGCGCCGGCGGCGUCUGCUCCUGCCCGCCGGGCUGGGGCCAGGCGCCGGGCGCCUCCGGCCCCAACACCUGCGCAGAGCGCCUCUGCCUCGUCGACUGCGGCGACCACGGCGUGUGCGAGGAUGGCCGGUGCACCUGCCAUCCGGGCUGGCACGGCGAGCGGUGCUCGCAGGCGCCGCAGCUCGGAGCCUUGCGGGGCCUGGCUGGCAGCGCGGGCAGCACCCACACGUGGGCAGCCUCCUGAACGAAAUGCGGUCAAGCCUCUCCAUGGAGCGAAGGAGUCCUAAACGA